UGUACGUGCCGACUCCCCCUCUACGUCGUACGUGCGCGCCCCACUGGCAUCGCGUGGUGGAGAGCGACCAUAUUGCUGGUAGUGGCGGAGGUAGGGUUGUUCUCCCCCCCUUUCCCCGUAAAAGGCCAACCGAAAGCCGUUCUUUUAACAUUUCUUUUAUAUGUUUAAACCACGCGUGGACGUCUGUUUCUCAGACGGACGGUCGUUUGGGAUUUGAGAGGCAGGUGCGGCCGAACAACUUCACUUUUCCCCCUUCGAGCGAACUCAGACCGGGGGGGAAGGAGGAGGAGGACUGGUAAUCCCGAAGGGGGUGGGAGAACGACGGAGGUUGGAAAUGGCCACUCAGGUGGAGGCUCCUAUCCUGCCGAGCAACUCGCUUAUCCAAACGACGGAAGAGCAAGGCAAAGCGAACCACGCUCAGUCGGAGUUGGAGGUCGACGGGGCCAAGCGGGGCCAGGCGGCGGGUGUCGACGGGGAGGAGGAGGAGGAGGAGUGCUCCGGGAGCCCGACGGAGGCGGACAAGGGGGGUUGUGACAGCGAGGCCAAGCCCGACGAACAGAGCGUUAAAACCCGGAAGGAGUUUACCGACGCUCCCCCGCCCAAGGUGAACCCGUGGACUAGGAAAAUGAACGCGGUGACCGUGGUCAGCGUGAACGGACAAGUACAUCACGAGUCUACUGGUCCUGCCAAGGUGGUGAGAGCAGGCAAUCCCCCAAAGGCCAGGCGUGGAGGCAAGGUUGGUGAUUUUUGCGAUGCCAAUACCUGGCCCACCCCGGGAGAGAUCGCAACUAAAGACAUGCAGAUCGAGGCAGUGACACGGACCGUGUCCUGCCCACCGACUAUCAGGCAGGUCAAAGACACGUGGAGAUCCACUGCCUACAAGAGAACAUCCACCAAGAAGGACAUGAAGGAGAAGCGCGAGAGCAACGAGGAAAGCAAGGAGAACCUGAAGACCAGCAAGUCGGACGACUCUGGAGAGGAGAAGAACGGAGAUGAUGAUUCCCAGAAAAACGGGCAAAAGAAAAAAGGAAACAAACAAAAGUGGGUUCCCCUAAUGAUUGAGGGUCCCCGUGAGCGCUCAGCUUCCCGAAAUAACAGCAGGCAGAAUGAAAAUCCUCGCCUGCCGCCCAACGCCAGGAACGACCUCCGAGACUGGCACAGCCAAAAGUAUGAGCGGGAGUGGCGCGACGACCACGACGAGGUGUCGAGCGUAAAGAGCGAGGGGGCGCCGUUCCGCGGCGGCUUCAGGGGCCGCGGGCGCGGACGUGGGAGAGGACGAGGACGAGGCCGAGGACGAGGCCACUACGACUACCACCAAGGCUACAAGUCCUAUGACAUGAAAGACGGACCCUAUGGACACAAGUACAGUAACUCGGUCACCUACUACUACGACAACAUGAGUAGCAGCGACCUGUACUCAGUGGACCAGGACCUACUUAAAGACUACAUCAAGAGGCAGAUUGAGUAUUACUUCAGCCUCGACAACCUGGAGCGCGACUUCUUCCUGCGGCGGAAGAUGGAUCAAAAAGGCUUCCUGCCCAUCGGACUGAUCGCCAGCUUCCACAGAGUCCAGGCCCUCACCACCGACGUCAACAUCAUUCUGGAAGCUCUGAAGGACAGCAAGGAGGUGGAAGUGAUCGACAUGAAGAUCCGUCGAAAGGUGGAGCCGGAGAAAUGGCCCCUACCGGGCCUCACCGUGCCCAACCACACCGACUUCUCCCAACUCAUCAACUGCCCCGAGUUCGUCCCCAGGCAGCCCACCGAGGAGCCUGCAGGGUCUGUCACGACGACGCAACAUCCACCCAAGGCUGAAUCCGACACGCCCUCCAACCUGAAGACGAUGCCCAAGGGCCUCUCUGCCAGCCUUCCUGAUCUAGACUCUGAGUCGUGGAUCGAGGUCAAGAAGAGGCCCAGACCUUCGCCGGCUAGACCCAAGGUCAGCCCAGAGAAGUUGCCCUCCUCACAGCACCAGAGGGAAAAAGAUGACUCCAACCGCUCGCCACUACCUCAGUCUGACUCCUCCCCUUCUCCCGCUACCCAAGGAAACAAGGAGGGCGGCGAGCAGGACGAACCCGAGGAGCUGGACUUUAUGUUCGACGAGGAGAUGCAGCAAAUGGACGGCCGUCGCAACACCUUCACCGACUGGUCGGACGAGGACACGGACGGAGAGAUUGACGACCACGACGUCAACAAGAUCCUGAUUGUGACGCAGACGCCGCCCUACCUGCGCAAGCAUCCCGGCGGCGACCGCACGGGCCAUCACACGUCGCGCGCUAAACUAUCCAGCGAGCUGGUCAAGGUGAUCAACGAUGGCCUCUUCUAUUACGAGCAGGACCUGUGGGACGACACAUAUGAGCCGGAGUAUGCCACCAUCAAGCAAGAGGUGGAGAACUUCAAGAAGGUUCACCUGAUCAGCCGCGAACAGUUUGACUGCUUGACCCCAGAACCCCCUGUCGACCCCAACCAGGAAGUGCCCCCCGGGCCCCCGCAGCCCCAGCAGAUCCCUACAGACGCCUUGGCAAAUAAACUCUUUGGUGCGCCCGAGCCCUCGUCGAUAGCACGGUCGCUUCCCACAACCGUACCCGAGUCGCCCAACUACCGCACCCCCCGCACGCCACGCACCCCUCACAGGAAGGACGCCAUCAUGACACCGCGCUUCUACCCAGUGGUCAAGGAAAGUCGGCCCGUUGACGCUAAGACUCCAAGGAAGCGGAAGACCCGGCACAGCUCCAACCCGCCAAUGGAGUGUCACGUCGGCUGGGUGAUGGAUUCCAGGGAGCAUCGCUCCAGGACCGCAUCAGUCAGCUCCAACGCCAGCCCGUCCGAGGGCACCCCCGCCUUGGGCAACGUGGGCUGCACGCCCCAGUCCCUCCCCAAGUUCCAGCAUCCAUCCCAUGAGCUGCUCAAGGAGAACGGCUUCACACAACACGUCUACCACAAGUACCGCCGGCGCUGCCUAAACGAGCGGAAGCGGCUCGGGAUUGGCCAGUCCCAGGAGAUGAACACGCUGUUCCGCUUCUGGUCAUUUUUCCUUCGGGAUCACUUCAACAGGAAGAUGUACGAGGAAUUCCGGCAGCUGGUGGUGGAGGAUGGCAAAGAAGGAUACAGGUACGGUUUGGAGUGCCUGUUUAGGUACUACAGCUACGGUUUGGAGAAGAAGUUUCGGCCCGAUAUCUUCAAAGACUUCCAGGAGGAGACCAUCAAAGACUAUGAGGCUGGUCAGCUGUACGGGCUCGAGAAGUUCUGGGCCUUCCUCAAAUAUUCCAAAGCUAAGGCCUUGGAGAUCGACCCCAAGCUGCAGGAGUGUCUGAGCAAGUUCAAGCGUCUGGAGGACUUCAGAAUUGAUCCACCAAUGGAAGAAGGAGGCCGCCGAAGACACUCGUCCAGCGGGGACGGCCGCCGCCGCCACCCCUCCCACCCCUCCAGUCGGCCUCACAGUCAGAACAGCUCCGGCUCCAGCCCUGCGGGCGCCGCCGCCAAGGACGAUGCCAAACCCGAGGCCAAGACGCUCAAGUAAAAAAGCCACCCGGGACCCGCGCAGGAUAUCAAGUCACGUUGCCGCUGGUUCUGGAGGGAGGCGGAGGCCACCACAUAAGCUCUCCUUUGGCGCAUCGCUAUCUUUUUUUUUUUUUUUUAUCUUGUGGAAUGAGGAAGAAAAUUACCAAACUCACGUGCUUGAUGGAUGAUAGCAUAAUUUUUUUCUUAAUGAGGCAAGCAAUGAGGUGUUAAACACGUUUUAUUUCUUUGCAGAUCGUUGCCAGUCCACCAGGUGGAUUUUUUAUUUUUUUUUUUACGGUUAUUUUACCAUUCACUAAUUUUGCCUACUUAUCGGCGCACUAUCCUUUUUUUUUUUUUUUUUUUUUUUUUUUUUUUUUUUUAAUGGUGUAGCGUCAUCCGGAGACAAUUUUCCGAUGAGCAUGUGUGACGGACGAUGGCCCUGCUGACAUCAAGAGUGGACCAAAGCGCCUUCAAAACAAUAUUUGAUUUGCUGGAUUCUUAUUGUUUUUGGGGAUGAGGAGGAGGAGGAGGAAAAAAAAAAACCAAAUGCUUAAAAUAAGAAUAGAGGAGGAGGAGAAAGACUUGGUUGAGAGUUGCCUUACUUGUAAUGGUUUUCCUGGGUUUUUUUUGGGAGCACGUCUUGCCAAACUGCUUGAAAUGUCUUCCAAGUGUCAUUCGGGUCCUGUUACAAGUCCUUGUGAGUCCCACCUUCGCUUUUUGUCGUGUGGCUUUGUUCGUGCUGAAGUGUGCCCGCAUCCCAUUUGGAGGAGGUUCCCGGACCUUUGGGGGGGGGGAUUCCUGACAUUGUUUUUUGUGUGUCCCAUCCAUCAUCUUCAUCCAUCCAUCAAGGACUGGAAGAAUCAAUAAUCCGGAUUACUUGAAGAAGCAGGAAGUGCCAGGUGCUCUGGGUGGAGAUCGGGUGUAUUUUUUUUUUUUUUUUGGAGAAUGGCGAAGGUUCGCUCUUUCUGACUUGACCGCCCCCACACAAACACACGCAGCUCGGCUCUUCGUG